AUGGCCCCCCAAAUCGAGGGACCUAUCGCGUUGAAACAAACUCUAGGGCUGCACCAUGGUGUCGCCAUGAUAAUUGGGGGUAUAAUAGGGAGCGGUAUUUUUGUAUCUCCAAAGGGGGUCCUUCAGGAGGUGGGGUCCGUUGGAGGCUCCCUGAUUGUUUGGGUGGUCUGCGGGAUUUUUUCAUUUUUUGGGGCCAUUUGUUAUGCCGAACUGGGGACUUCCGUGUUGAAAUCCGGCGCAGAUUAUGCCUACAUUAGGGAGGCCUAUGGGAAGCUGCCAGGAUUUUUGUAUCUUUGGAUGGCUCUCGUCAUCAUUAACCCAACUGGAAACGCGAUAACUUCACUUACGUUUUCCUACUACAUUCUUCAGCCCAUCUUUCCUAACUGUGAGCCGCCAGAUGCGGCUGUUAGGCUGAUUGCUGCCAUUGCUAUUAUGUUUUUGACAUUUAUAAAUUGUAUAAAUGUGAACUGGGUGGCAAAACUUCAAAAUGUCUUCACCGUUACAAAAUUGCUGGCCUUGGUCACCAUCAUCAUCAUCGGCAUCAUCAGGAUAUGCCAGAGCCACACAGAUUAUUUAGUGGAUGCAUUCUCAGACACGAAAACAAAUCCAGGAGCCAUUGCUUUGGCUGUAUAUUCUGGAUUGUUCAGCUAUUCUGGAUGGAACUAUUUGAAUUUUGUGACAGAGGAGAUUAAGAAUCCAUACAAAAAUCUUCCGAGGGCGAUAUGGCUGUCGAUGCCGAUUGUGACGAUCGUCUACACGUUCACUAACGUUGCCUAUUUCACCGUACUCAGUCCCCAGCAGCUCUUAGAUUCCAAUGCUGUUGCUGUUUCAUUUGCAGAUCAGGUACUGGGGGUCAUGUCAUGGGUCAUGCCCUUGUUCGUGGCAGCUUCGACAUUCGGUGCCCUCAACUGCUGUAUAUUUGCUACGUCAAGGUUGACGUUCGUCGGUGCCAGAGAAGGGCUGCUGCCAAACAGCGUAGCCCUGAUCAACACUAAACUCUUCACCCCCAUCACAGCCCUCGUGUUUGGGUGCUUCAUAUCUCUGGCAAUGUUGAUCUCGAAAGACGUCUACGUUCUCAUCAACUACACAAGCUUCGUCGAGUCGCUGACGACGGCUGUGUCCGUCAGUGGCCUGCUCUACCUGAGGUGGAAGAGGCCCGACAUAGAUCGACCAAUCAGAGUGAGUCUGUUCUUCCCAAUCAUCUACAUGCUCCUAGUAACAUUCCUCCUCAUAGUUCCCCUUAUAUACAAUGCCAGCGAGUGCCUGAUUGGCCUGCUGAUGAUGACCGCGGGCAUUCCCGUCUACAUACUCUUCGUCGCAUGGCAGAAUAAGCCACAGAGCUGGAAGAAUUUUACAGCCGGCUUACGUUGUGAUGGCUGCGCUCGCCUGUUUUAA